GCAGUAAAGCUGCUGUCAAAUCCAGAGACGGAUCUCAGGUAGAGGGUUUGCACCCUGAAAAACUAGCUCCAGAGGGAUUAUUGGUUGAUAUUGAAUUCGGUAGUAGACACUAUUCAGAUGUAUUAAACAUGUUUAACUACUUUUAAAAUCGAGAGGGCGUCGUGUGUUUUCUGUCAGACGCCCUGAUCCUUUGGACUGGCGCUGCCUGACAGGCUAAACCCAGGGAUUGCUUCCAUCGUGGUGACGUAGGCUGUUCAGUCUCACGUCGGUGGCGGAAGAUGGCUGACGGUGGUGGAACCCUGGCAGCAAAAAGAUGCGACUCCGGCUCAGUGUCUUCGGUGAGUAUGGACACCAUCUCAGGCCUGACGGAGCUGGAGGACCUAGAGAGAGUCUACCAGGAGCUCUGCGCGGAGGAGGUUUGUAUUUAUGGCCAUUAAUGAUACUUUGUUUGACGUGGACAUUUACUGUCGUCACCACGUAAACUUCCGGGACACACAGCUGGCUCCAUAGACAUUCUAUUUGUGUGUCUGUCUCCAUAUACCUCUGAAAGACAGACCUCCACUGAGCGAGAUUGUGGCUUAAUGACAUGAAACAGUUGUUUUAAUUGUGCAAGCUGCAAGGCUUACGGCUAGAAGUAACGAAUAGUCAACCACCUCCUUGUCAGAGAAAUACAGGGAGGCUUGGCAGCACCAACCAUUACACCGACCUCACUGCCACUAUAGUUAAAUGAUUCAAUCUUUGGAGGUUUUGAUUUUUCAAAACUUAUUUAUGAUGGUGGGUUACAGCUGUAAAUCAUUUCUGAAAUCUGUUUGGGAGCAUAGUAGUUCUGUUGGACCAUUAUGAAAAUAUAAAAUGCAUCACGACUGGAAAAGAUUAACCUUAUGUUAGAACAUUAACUCAUUUUUGAGAGUAGAUUUGUGGUAGAGUUGUUUUGUUAGAUUGCCCAGGUGCUGCUGUAAUGUUACAUCUGGUCAGAAUUCAUGAUAAGUUGCACAAUCUCUCAAGAGAACUAUAGCACAGUUUAUUACUUGGGAGUUUAUUGGCUUUGUGCAUAGAGCCAAAGUUAAUGAUGUGUCCCAAAGAUGAGCAUGUCAUUCAGCACAUAUUGAAGCACAAAUGAAGAACCGACAGCGUGGUAAAUAUAACAUGCAAUUCAUACACUGGCUUUAUAACACAUCCCAUGUUUUGAUGGUUAAGCAUAAAUAAGUUACAACACCCUACCCUUUCAAAGGACAUCAAACAUCUUCUCUCCUUACCAGACAUCUAUAUACAUAGAAAGAGUUUAUAUUCAUAAAUGUAACUGUCUUUACGAUGAAUGGGUUUUACAUGAUGAUUUAGGAAGAAAGUGAAUGUUAAGAUGACUAAAGGAUGACUGAAAACCUUGUUAUUCAUUACAUGACUUUUUUACUACUCUAAUGCAGAAAGAAGUGGAUGCUGAGCUAGACCGACUGGUGGGGCAGGAGGGGGCUAUUCACACAAAGAUGCUGGCUCUGCAGAGGAUGGGGUACAGUAUGCACAGAUUAGUAAAGUUACACAGCGCCUUAUUAUGAUUUUAUAUUUCAUAUCAGAACUUUAACCACACUCUGGACUUUAUUGCAGGCCCAAUUUACAGUUGAUUGGUGGGGAUGCAAGUCAACUUUCAGGCAUGAUUACGUUCACCUGCAGCCUGGCUGAAAAUGUCAGCCGCAAAGUCAGACAGCUUGACUUAGCAAAGGUAAAUAUCAAAAUUAAGGUGCAGCACUGAUUCAUCUUAAUCCACACACAUCUUCAUUAGAGAUGACCUUUUGAGGUCUUGUUAAAUUUCAUAUCUAUCAAUAAUCAUAAAAGUCUGCACAAUAUCAAAAACACCUUUGCCAAUGAUGUAUCUGUACCUCACAGUGUGUGAGAGUUUGUCAUUGUUUUGUUGUAUGUGUCAUUCUUUACAGACGCGUCUAUAUAACGUCAUCCAGCGUGCUGAUGACAUCCUUGAUCUGAAGUUCUGCACGGAUGGUGUGCAGACAGCUCUACGUAAUGAAGAUUAUGAACAGGCUGCUGCUCACAUCCAUCGAUACCUCUCUCUGGACCAGUCAGUCAUUGAACUAAGCAGACAGGGAGAAGAAAGUACGAGUCCUACUAUAAAAUUAUUUUGUGUGUUUUUACCUUAAGUUCCCCUCACUGCAUGGUGGAUUUCAGAAUAGAUAACACAUUUUGUAGGUCUGUACUUCAAUUGUAACACUGCCAAUGCUUCAUAUCUGCACAGGCAGUGCAGUGGAUGCCAGUCUGGUAAUGCUGCAGGAGGCAGAGCAGAAGCUGAAGGUCAUUGUGGCUGAGAAGCUGGAUGAAGCUGUAGCAGCAGUGGACCUUGCACAAGUGGAGCGAUUUUUCAAGAUCUUCCCUCUGUUGGGCCUCCACCAGCAGGGUCUGGCUCGCUUUGGACAGUAUCUCUGCACUCAGGUCUGAUGUUUUUGUGUAUUUUUUGCAUCUAAAAAGUUCUAUACUUUUGCUGCACUUGACUAACCCAAUUUUGGUGUGUGUAUUCCUCUAAUUAUAUGUAUUCCUUGUGUAAUAUUUCUUCUUGUUCUUGCUCUAUAUGGUAAAAAUUUCAAACAUUUUCUACUGAAAUCUCUGCCAGCUUGUUGUUUGUUUUGUACAAGUAUUUUCACUAUUUGUUAUGGAAAGUAUAUUUUAUUUUAAAAGUAAUAUGAUGGCUCUGUAAUUCACUCAUUGUAUUAAGAAUAAAAGUGCCAGCUAGUGCUUACUGUAGGAGAAGUGAAUGUGGAUUAUAUAUCUAACUUUCAACCCAUUUAUGGGAACUAAUCUGAUGUUGUAUGAUUAUUUGGUUCCAUCACAUUAAAAAUGCUCAAUUCAUGAGCUAUUUUUGUUUUAAUCAAAAAUAUUUACAGAUAUAUCAUUUUUCUGUCACAGCUUGCUUCAAAAGCAGAGGAGAAUCUGCAUUUGGCUACAGGAGGAGAUCUUGGUGACAAGAGAGCACUGCUGGUGUUCGCAGAUACCCUAACUUUGCUGCUGGAAGGUUAAUUGACAAGCUUAAAGCUCGGCCUGUCCAUUUUUUUCAUUGUUUCUUUGAAGUUCUCCCACUAGUGUGAUGUUGUGUGUUCACAGGCAUUGCCCGUGUGGUUGAGACUCAUCAGCCGAUUGUUGAGACUUAUUAUGGGCCAGGCCAUCUGUACACACUCAUCACUCACCUGCAGGAGGAGUGUGACCGACAGGCCCAGAAAAUCGUUGACAAGUUUAUCCAGCAGAGAGGAUACCACAACAAGGUGUGCAUGACAUCUACACUGUAAGAUCUGAUAGCUUUGACUGCAAAUCUGUGCACACUGUGAACCUGUAACGCCCCUGCAGUUUCAGAUCGUCCAGAGCAGCAUGAUGAAAAGUGUCCCUGGUGAAAGGAUCGAACCCAGGUACUUGUGUCUUAUUUUAGCACAAUCCUACUCCCCUUCCUGUUUGUCUUAUUGAUGAUUUUUGAAUAACUCUGUCUUCCAUGAUCAGGGAGCUGGACCCUGUCCUGGCAGAAGUGACCUUGAUGAACGCUCGGGCAGAGCUGUACCUGCGCUUUUUACGACGUCGCAUGUUGGCUGACUUUGAAGUUGGGGAUGCUCAGAGUGUUACACAGGGUAGAUUUAUUCAACCCUUGGUUAUACAACCCGUUAAAUGCUUAUGCCUCGAAGAGAUUUAGAGUACAAAAUCUGAAAUAUGAAUGAGUUUGUUUUUAUUCACUCUUGAAUGCCCAGAACAUCAGCAGAAUGUGGAGAAGCUUCUGAAACACUGUUUGCUAAGCACAACAAUGCAAGAGCUGAUCGGCUACUACGUCCCUAUGGAGGAGUACUUCAUGAGAGAGACUGUCAACAAGGUAGAUCACUCAGUUUUAUAUCCAGCACAGAGGCUGCCCUCUUUAAAGUUUGUCCUGGCAGAUAGGUGGAGGAGCAACUUUAGUUCUUUCAGGGCUAAAUGCAGCUUCCAACUCUUAGGCUCAUGCAACUUUAAUUGAGCCUCUCAAAAAGCAGGUUUGUGUAAAGGAUCCUGCACUGAGUGGGUUUUAUUUUAACCUUUAAGAAAAAAACUUUGCACUCGUCAUGAGUUUCUACUCCUCUUCUACAGCUAAAAAAUACCCAUGGUGCACGACAAGGCCAAGUUUUAGAUCUGAUUUUAUUUAUUACUUCUGUGCGGAAAAAUAAUUCAGCUCCACAAUGUUGUCUUCAGUUGUCAUGUAGGUCCAGCUGAGGCCUGAGGACCCUAGUGGCCUAGCUACUGUAAGGGCCAGUCUCAGAUUUAUUAACUGUUGGAUGGCAGUAAACUUUCCUCAAGUGAAUAGCUCAAAAUCAAAUAUAACUCUGUUUGAUUAACGUACCCUUAUCCUAGGACAAUGUAGGCUUGUAGCAAACUAAAUUAUCACUGGAGAUAGAGCGUCUUCCAGGGAAAUUUACUCAUCAGUUUUUGGCAAGGAAGAAGAAUGUGUGGCAUAAAAAGAUGCUCCGUUUGCUUUCAUUGCAACAGUUUUUUUUUCUCAAGUUUGAUUUGAAUUAUUGUCCAAAGUCAGAGAAACCUUGUCAGUCAUCAAACCAUGUCACCUGAAUUGGUAUACAUUACAACAAAUAAAAAAUUACACACUUUCAACCUUUUGAUAUUAUCUCAUCAGGAUAUAUUCAGUCUGCAUUAAAUAAACGGACUCUCUCUUCACAGGCUGUUACUAUGGACACAUAUGAGAAGGGUCAGCUGACCUCCAGCAUGGUGGACGACUGUUUCUACAUCGUAAAGAAGUGCAUCAGUAGAGCACUAUCCAGCUCCAGCAUAGACUGUCUCUGUGCCAUGAUCAACCAUGCUAACUCUGUGUUAGAGUCGGACUUCAGGUGACCCAGAGCAUUAACUUUUCAGUCCUUACAUUCAUGACCGUCUUUUUUCUCUUUUUAACCCCUUUUCAUUUUGUCUUACGCUUGUGUAUGAACCCUCCUUUGCUGCCUCACUUCACCUGUCAGAGAGGUGUUGUAUAAUAAGCUGCGUCAGGGCUUUCCAGCUACAACGCUUCAGGACAUCCAGCGUGGUGUGAGCAGCGCGGUUAGUCUAAUGCAGAGCAGCUUACAGCAGGGCAAGUUUAACACACUGGGCAUCGAGAGCACUGAAAACGCCAAGGCUGCAUUUCUGGUAAGGGACAGGAACACAUACACACACCUGCUUUGCUCUGCCUUGUACUCUUUGAGUUCCCUAGAAACUCUCAGACACUUAAAAGCUUGUUUCAGAUUAAGACAGUGAGUAGGUUUGCAACACCAACUGAUAAAUGUUUUUCUGUCUGUCUCAGGUGACUCUGAAUAAUGUAGAUGUGUGCAGUGAGAAUAUCACAACCUUGAAGAGGAACCUGGAGGUAAGUUUCAUAUAUGCCAGACCCUUUCAUUUAGAUUUUACUUAAUUGCUUGAAAUAUUUACUCUUUUCCCUCCACAUGCAUACAGAACGACUGCUCUAAGUUGUUCAGUCAAGGUGCCGGCCCUGGUGAACAAGCCAAGAUUGAAAGCUGUUUGUCUGACCUUGUUAACACAUCCGCCAAGUUCAAGGAUCUCUUACAGGUAGAAAGCAAACAUUGAUCAGUUCUUGUCAGCUUAGGGUUGUGUAUUUACGGAUCUACUGUUGAUACUGCACUGCAUAGAACAAUUGUAUCACUGUUUUUUUAAUUAGCAGACUAUUGAGAGCAUAGAGAAAACAUGUCUUCUUUAAAUUUGAAUUAAUAACAAUCUACCUUAGAGAUCAGGUUAUGUUUCUCAAUAAAAAUGCAUGUUUAAGAGGAUGAAUGAAAUCUUCUUGACUAAGGUUUAUUUGUGCGCAAAGCUCUAAAAAAUGUGUUUCUAUUGCCUGGUGUAUGUCUUGUAUUAUAUGGACUUUUGCUUAAGUCUCAUACUCUAAUGUGGUUUUGCUUCAUAGGAGGGUCUGACUGAAUUAAACACAACAGCCAUAAAGCCUCAGGUGAAGCCCUGGAUCAGCAGCUUCCUGUCCAUCUCACACAACAUAGAGGAGGUAAUGAAUGUUCUCAGAAUGAACGGCAAAAACAAGGCAGAGGUCAUGAAAUAUAUCACUGUAACUGCUAAUGUCCCUCACAGGAAGAGUUUAAUGAUUAUGAAGCUAAUGACCCCUGGGUGCAGCAGCUCAUCGUAAACCUGGAGCAGCUCAUGGCAGAGUUCAAGGUACCCGGCCUGAUCUCCGCUCUGACUCCUUAUAUGUUUUCUUCCUGUCUGUGUUUUAAUCUGCUGCCUGUGUCUUCACCAGACGGCUCUAUCUCCUGUUAUCUACGACACUCUGACAAGCCUGAUGACCAGCCUGAUAUCUAUUGAAAUGGAGAAGACCGUCCUGAAGUGCUCGUUCAGCAGGGUGAGCAGCAGGGCUCAGCCACAAGGUGGCAGUUGGUACCCUCAGCAUCACUUCACAUCACAUCACCGACACACAUGUGGUGAAAAUCCUCAAGCACUGAUUUAUUAAUGAGUCCAGAAAGGCCUGCAGGAGAGGAUGCUUCCUCUUUGCACGAAAGCAUCUCCCUGUUUUGCACAGAGAGAUGGCAGGAAACCUCAGAAGAAGUGUGCAUUCAUUGUACAGCAGACAUGAAUCCUCUGUCUCUGAUCUUCUGCUUAUGUUUGUUCAUAGCUCGGGGGGCUGCAGUUUGAUAAAGAACUCCGGUCUCUGGUGGCAUACCUCACCACAGUGACCACCUGGACCAUCAGGGACAAGUUUGCUCGUCUCACACAAAUGGCCACCAUCCUUAACCUGGAGCGGGUAAAUAAGAUCAAUUCACACUCACAAAUACAAGGUGUUUAUCAGUUUAAAGGUAGUUUGAAGGCAUUUUAUACCAAUAGUAGAAGCUGAGUGUAUUUACACAAAAACAAAACUGAGCCUUUUUUCAUUUUGCUUCUUUUUUUGCUACUCUAUAUUGUUGGAUUUACUGUGAUUUGUACACCACUGUAUUAUUAAGUAUCAUAAGUAGUUUUUUACUCUUAAGAUAAAGAUUUAACUGUGUUGUGAUUUGAUUUAUUAUGAUAAAGUAAUGAGUGAGCAGCUGUAAAGUGAGGCAUCCAGGUGGUUGUGGGGUCUACAGAUGACCAUAAAAUAUCAAGGUGAAGUCAGGUUAAUUGAAAGUCAUUGCUGGGACCAUUGCUUCAAAACAAAUUAAGAACAAAUUACUAGAAUCAAAUGCCUGUUACAAAUGAAUGCAUGUAUAAUAAUUAUACGGUUUUAUUUAUAACAGAACACUCUCGGGGAGAAUUACCAGUGCUAACGGCGCUUUUUCACUACACAGUAGCGGCACAGUGCGGUACGGCACGGCACAGUUUGGGUGCUUUCCAUUGCAACUGAGUACUUCCCCGGUGUGGGCGGGGUCGUCAUACAGCGGCGCAAAAAUGCAGUGACGCCAUUUACUGUCAUUUCCUCGGCCACAAAAGAAAGGAAGGUUUGGAUCUCGUCAACUGACCAUGGCGCACUCUUCUGCGAUACCUUGUAGUAAAAGAGUAGUUUUAAAAAUGGCGGGGCCAUGUUGUGUUCGGCUUUUUACAGUAUGCGGUUGUGUGUUGCGCGUCGGAUGACGAUACUCAAUGGCCAAUCAUUGGAAGGCAGUCGGCUGACAUCACGUUAUAGUAUUGCUUCGGCUUGCUUGGAACCAGGGCCGGGGAGGUACGAAAAACGUACCAGGUACUAGUGGAAAAGCGUCACAAGCAUGUAGAGCCGUACCGUACUGUACUUUUACUGUGAAAAAGCACCAUAAGAGUAUCAAAGGUGUUUCUUCAUACACUGGAGUCUGAUUUUUCUUCUUAAUGUAACACCAGCUCCUGUCUACUUCUGUGUUCUGCAGGUAACUGAAAUCUUGGAUUACUGGGGUCCAAACUCCGGCCCCCUGACUUGGCGGCUGACCCCCGCAGAGGUCCGUCAGGUUCUUGCUCUGCGUAUUGACUUCAGAAGCGAAGACAUCAAGAGACUGAGACUGUAACUUAUGAAGCAGAGCACUGGUAUGCCACUGCAGUACUCACCUUAUGAUGCCCUGUACAUCCAUGACACAAAGAUGCUCAUUGCUCAUCGUGGAGAUUCCUGCCUUAGUCUCCUCACCUGAUGCCAGUUUGUGUCAGAGUUGCCGCUCAGAUUUUGAGUGCACUGUUAAUUUGAAUAUGUUAAGUAUGAGAAUAUUUCCCUGAAUAUGUAAUUAAAUAUGUGUCACAUGGGAAGUUCCAACCUUUUAACCUGUUACUGGCUGUGGGAAAUGAGGACACAUUGGGACAGAGCAGGGGCGCUCUGGGACUGUCAGUGAAACAGAGCAGUAAUGAACAUCAUACCCAUUAAACUGACAGAAGCAGGUCAGACAGCUGAUCCAGCCUAGUCAUUCAAUAUAUGAAUAGCUCCUCGUCUGUGCUGAUGGAACACUUUUAACCUAAUAAAUUGUGAGCCGCUGUGCGACGCCUCUGAUCCCCACCAUCCGCCACAUUUCAUGAAGUGCUGCCCCACUGCCAUGCAAGACCCGCUCAAUCUUUUUUGCAUUCUCCUGACACUAAACACAAAGCCGUGCUCACCUGGUGCUGGAGCAUUAAAAGUGGUCUGUUCUCAUAAUGUUCAGCCUAAUUUCCUUCUCUGACCCCAAUUCUCUGCACAGGUUGAAACAGGUCAUCGUGUUUUUCAAGUUUGAGUAAUCAGACUACAAACACAGGAGUAGUUAGGAAAAGUGUGGCUUUAAUGUAAACACAACAUUCGAUUGGCUCAGCACAAACAUUCCACAUGAGAGCAACCAAUAAACUACCAAAUAGGAUGGGGUGCAGCACAAAAACAUUCACAGUAAAAAAAAAAUCUGGUAUAAUCAUAAUAUAUAUACAGUACGGUGCUUUUAAGGUGAAAAUGGAGAACAGGAUAUGAGGACUGAUAUGUGAUAGAUAAGAGUAUACAGGGAUGGGAGGAUGAAUUUCUGGGUGCACAGGUGAAAAUGGAGAGCUGUACUUUUUCUCUGUGAUAAGAGAAACGUGACAGACGAGUGAGGGGUGGAUAAGAGGUUCCCUGUUUGCUGAUCAAGGGUGUUUUGGAAAAACCCAGACUCCCCAGACAGACGCUGCCUCUAAUGAUAUUGUUCUCCUAGUGCAGUCUUCUAUUUCUACACAGUUUCACAUCGAAGGGUAAAGCACCACACAGAGAACAAGAUGUCAUUGGAGGGCUGCUUCCUACCCUCUGAACCAUAGACGGGUAUCUGUGUACCUCAGUGUUUCAUUUCAGGAUAUCAAUAAUGUGGCACGGGAUUUCAGGAGGUAGGAGGAGGCAUGUAGGGCAUGAGGCUUAAAUAAAUAAAUAAAUCAUUCAAUGAAAAUGAAAUGUUUUAUCUGUUACUUAAAUAACGAUGAGAAUGAAUUAUAAUUUCUGAUCCUAAUCCCCCGGUCUCGUCAUUACAUGGAUGGCACCAAUAUGACAGGGAUUUUAUUGUUGAAUAUUUCAUUGGCUGACAGGCAUUUCCUCAUGCUACAGGAAGCCAAUAGGAACAGGCCGCCUCUCUGAACAUAAGAAUCCUCUCUUUCAUUAUGUUUCAGAGUGAAAGAGAGGAACAGACCUGCAGGCAACUCAGUCAUGUGUGGGUCUGAAGGAGAGGGAAGCUUUGUCUCUUCUGAAAGUUAAAAUAGCCUUUUUUCCCUGACCAUGAGCCUCAGCCACGAGUACAGCAAUCUCCCUAACAACAUUGUCUCCACCUUCACACACACACAGCAGCUCUUCAACCCAGCACAACAGGCUAUAUUCAGUACAGUUAGAAAUGCCUCAAGACGUGCACAUAAAAAUGUCACAUAAAAAAUGGGACCGUAUGCCACACUAUGAUUUAAAAAUGACAUUGCACACCCCAUGUUAUAUUUCU